GACCUAAACAGCUCCAGGAGGGAGAGGAGGGAGGAGAGCCGCAGCCCGCUGCAUCGUCGCAGCCCCGCGUUCAAGCCUGCAUGGGCUAUUCGGUUAGCUAGCUUAGCAUCGUCCUCUUCCACCGCCGAGAACCCCGGGUUGGUCUCUCCGUCCCCCGCCCCUGACCCGCCGCCGCCGAACCCUCUGCCCGGCUGCAGGAUGAUGAAGUUUAGGUUUCGCCGGCAGGGCACCGACCCGCAGAGGGAGAAGAUAAAGCAGGAGCUUUUCGCCUUCAACAAGACUGUGGAGCAUGGGUUUCCCCAUCAGCCCAGUGCGUUGGCCUAUGACCCCAAGCUGCAACUCAUGGCCAUUGGCACAAAAUCAGGAGCCAUCAAAGUUUACGGGGCCCCUGGUGUGGAGUUCACGGGCCUGCACAGAGACUGCACUGCAGUUACACAGAUCCACUUCAUGCCUGGACAGGGACGUCUGCUGUCACUGCUGGAUGACAACUUCAUUUACCUGUGGGAGCUUGUGGCAGGGGCCCCGAGGGAGGUGGGGGGAGUUAAGAAAGAGGGUGUGGUCUCUCUCCAAGAAGUGGGCAACUACAGUCUCCCUGGACGACCUGGCAUUGAGAGCUGCAGUGCCACUCGGGUCACUGUACUCCUUUUGCUGAGGUCAUCUGAUCUGCUCUGCAUCGGAACCGAAGGAGGGGGUGUGUACUUCCUGCAGUUGCCCCACCUCUCACUGAAAGACAGCCAGACGCUGCUCCAGGAUCAGAUCACACAGAGCCUGCCAGAUGACUACAGAUGUGGGAAAUCUUUAGGGCCGGUGGAAUCUCUUCAGGAGCAUCCUCGGCAGCCAGGGAAGAUCCUGAUUGGCUACAGCCGAGGCCUGGUGGUCUUAUGGGAUCUAGGCACUUGUCAUGUCGAGCAGCUCUUCCUGGGCAAGCAGCAGCUGGAGAGCCUGGUGUGGGAACGAUCUGGAAACUUGUUUGUCAGUUCCCAUAACGACGGGGGCUACUCUGUGUGGCCUGUUACCUGUGGCAACACCUACAAUCACCAGCCAGUGUCCUCCACCAUCCCAUAUGGUCCAUUUCCCUGCAAGGCCAUCAGCAAGAUCCUGUGGAGGACCACACAGACGUGUUCUCCGGUGCUAUUAUACAGCGGAGGGAUGCCCAGAGCGAGCUACGGUGACCGCCACUGUCUGACCAUCCAGCAGGACAAGGACCACGUCACUCUCGACUUCACAUCCCGAGUCAUUGACUUCUUCACCGUUCACAGCACAGAGCAAGAGAGAGAGUUUGAUGACCCCUCGGCGUUGGUAGUGUUACUAGAAGAGGAGCUGGUUGUAAUCGACCUCCAGACCGCCGGGUGGCCCUCUCUGCCCACUCCUUACCUGGCACCUCUCCACUCCUCAGCCAUCACCUGCUCCUGCCACAUCUCCAGCGUCCCCCCUAAACUGUGGGAGAGGCUGGUCAAUGCCGGCAAAGCACAGCAGGGCAGGCAACACACAAACAAGAGUUGGCCCAUAUGUGGAGGCAAAAACAUGGCGCCUCCACCCAAACAACAAGAGCUGCUGUUGACAGGACAUGAGGACGGCACUGUUCGCUUCUGGGAUGCAUCAGGCGUUGCCCUUACUCCAAUUUACAAACUUGGCACAGCCAAUGUCUUCCACACCGACUGUGACCCAAGUGACGACCCUCAGGACCCAGGCAAUGACCCUGAUAUGCAGCAGGAGGAGGAAUGGCCUCCCUUCAAAAAGGUGGGCUGUUUCGACCCCUACAGCGAUGACCCCAGGCUGGGCAUCCAAAAGAUCAGUCUGUGCAAAUACAGCAACAAGCUGGUGGUGGCUGGAACCGCUGGACAGGUGAUCGUGUUGGGUUUGAGCGAUGAGCGUUCAGACCACUCGGUGGACGUGUCGGUGGUGGACCUGCUGCAGGACAGGGAGGGCUUCACCUGGAAGGGCCAUGACAGGCUGGAGCCACGCCUCAGACCCGCCCCUUUCCCUCCAGGCUUCCAGCCACUGGUGCUGGUGCAGUGCAUGCCCCCGGCCUCUGUAACGGCAGUUGCGCUGCAUGCAGAGUGGAACCUGAUUGCCUUUGGGACAAGUCAUGGAUUUGGAUUGUUUGACUAUCACAGACGAAAUGCUGUGCUGGCCAGAUGUACCCUGCACCCUAAUGACUCGUUGGCGAUGGAGGGCCCCCUGUCCAGAGUCAAGUCCUUGAAAAAGUCCUUACGGCAGAGCUUCAGACGCAUCCGCAAGAGCAGGGUGUCGGGGAAGAAACGCACCAUCACCACACCCACCAGCAAGGUCCAAGAGGCCAAUGCUGCUUUAGCAGAGCAGGAGGAAGUGGCUCCGGUACAGCGGAGAAUUGAACCGCGGUCAGCAGACGACUCGCUGUCUGGAGUGGUCCGAUGUCUUUGCUUCGCUGACACCUUUCUGCGUGAUGGUACACACCACGGCCCCACGCUAUGGGCAGGCACCAACUCGGGCAGUGUGUAUGCCUACGCUCUGGAGGUGCCAGGUGUGGGCUCGGGACGUGUGUGUGAGCGGGGGGGAGCGAGCGAGAGCAGUGUGUGCGUUGAAGCAGUGUUGGGCAAAGAGAUCCAGCUAAUGCACAGGGCCCCUGUGGUGUCGAUCUCCGUGUUGGACGGCCGGGGGAAACCGUUACCGGACCCGUAUGAAGCCUCCCAGGACCUCGCCAUCGCACCUGAUAUGACCAACGCUCACUCUGUCCUCAUCGCAUCAGAGGAACAGCUCAAGGUGUUCUCUCUCCCAAAGGUGAGCGCCAAGACCAAGUUCAAGCUGACGGCGCAUGAAGGCUGUCGGGUGAGGAAGGUGGCCCUGGUGGUCUUCAGCUCCACAGCUCAGGAAGACUACAGUGAACACACACUGGUGUGUCUGACCAACAUGGGAGACAUGCACCUCUUUAACAUACCGGGCCUUCGACCACAGGUGCGUUACGACUGCAUCCGCAAGGAAGACAUUAGUGGCAUUGCAUCCUGCGUCUUCACCAAGAACGGCCCAGGCUUUUACCUCAUCUCUCCCUCAGAGUACGAGAGGUUCUCACUGUCUGCCAAGGUCGUCACUGAGCCGCUCUUCUCUGUUCAGCUGGACCGACCACUAGAGCCCACAUGUGUCAGCGAUGGUAUGACGACGCAGCCGCAGGCCAACGGAACCCACAAGAACCAGAUGAGUCAGGCUGAGGGGCAAACGGAAGCGUCUCCGAGCUCCCUGUCCUCUCCCACCCUGGACACCCCGCUGGACUCGCCCCUCAGCUGCGCCGACCUCACCCUUGACUCCACCGGAGAGCUCACCGUAGAGGACGUCAGGGAUUUCCUAACCACUGUGGAUGAGGCGGAGAAUAACCUAAAGAACAUAAAGGAGGAGGAGGGACGCUCGACCGGCAUCCUCAUCAACUGAACAGUAUUACAGGGAGGGGCACGAGUGGCGCGGGUGGAGCGGAUGUCAGUGCUGCACCAUCAGCCCACUGCGGAGCCCCCAGCUCGCACUCUGCACUCUUCUGUCAGCCUGGCACAGACCAGGAGGAACGCCUCACCAUGGACAAACAAUACAACGUUGAAGACUCUUCUUGUGGCUUAAUCUUCUGGAAGAACUGAACCUUCUUCUUCUGUAACCACUUUGGAAACAUGACAUCACCCGCCGCAGGGAGGUCAAGACGGUCCAGCUGAGGACGGCCUGGUUGUGGACGUGAUGAUUCUCAUUUCAAAAACUAAAGGCUUAAGUUUCCAUCGUGUGAUCAUUCCUCGUCAGCCCUUCCCCUGGGGACGUGAUGGUUCCUGGGCUCUGGUGGUCGUGUUGAACGACUGUGGCUCAACCUUGGAGAAAAGGGCUGCUACAUCCUGCACAGGAGACUCAACGGUGAUGUUUCCAUGUUAUUUUUCUGUCCACAGUUUAGUGGCCUGCUUGGCUCAGUACGAGUUUCUCCCUCAGUUGGAACUGGACUUGGUGCGUCGUCUUGUUGAUUCCACUAGUGGAUGUGAUGGAUUGUCCUGCACACUGCACCACACCACAGCCCUGUUGAUGAGCCUGUGCAUGAACUGACGCCAUCCAGCCGGGACUGAGAGAUGGAGCAUUUUAGCUUUUGAAAGGGAUCGAGACUGGUAAAUAAGGUAUUUUGAAUAUUAGAGAAUUAAUAAUUAAUAGCAUUUCUAUUCUUCGCCUCUAAGGAGCCCCUAAGGGCAGUUGACUUGCCUAUACCCAGCGUCAUGUGUGAGUGGAGGAGUUCCAUCUUCAAACCUGAGCUGUCACACACAAGCACAAGGUUUUAACAGGCUCUCUUGGUCCUGAAGACAAAAAUCUGAAGGCAUUUUGUAUUGCAAAGAUUUGAGAUAUGUUUUUUUAUGGCUUAUGGAGAAAGUGAAGAUGAAAAAGGAAAGUAAAGAAUGACAAAUAGAGUGGGUGUGCAAAAAGAGAGAAUUGUAAAGGGAACCAGCCAGAGGGAAGUGUAGGUGGUGCUAUGUAUUUAGGAUGAGAGCAGAUUUAGGUGAAACAUAAUUUUGACACUUAAAUAAAUGCAUGGUCUAAUUUCUCCAUCUAAAUUAGUUGAAUUCUGGUCAAGGUCACACUGGCCAUGUGUCACGUGAGGAAGAGGCAACCAGUGAUGUCACAUGAGUUCGAUGAGGUGUUUUUAUGGUACGACACAGCAGCAGUCGCAUAUUCAGUAAAACAUCAGACUGCUCUUCCCAUAUUCAUCUACGUUACAUCACUUCCCUCUCAGGCUUCGCUCGUCAGGACGACACGUUAAGAAGCCACAGUAUAUUGUUGUAUAAACCCUCAGUGAGAAUAUGUUCGAAGGUUUUAUCCUCAUCGGUAAAGCAGGAUUUUAUCAGAAAUUAAUCAUUUUCUCAGUAAUUUGAAAAUGAAGAAGAUGAAGAUAAGGUGAGGGAGGAUUUCACAGAGGGAUUUGCUCCUUCUGUGAACGUGUCAUCAUUCUGACGGGACUCAGGGAGUGUGGCAAGGGAAGCAAAGUGAGUCUGAAAGCAAAGUGUGACGUACUGAGACGCACCAGGACGUUCAUGUUAUUGUGAACUGGUGAUUUCUGGGUAUUAUUGGCUGGAAGCAGAUUUGGUGGCCUCCAGUUGACCCCUGAUACCCCCCCCCCCCCCCUUUUUUUUUUUUUUUAAAGUUUCACUGUGUUGACAAACAAUGAUACAGUAUCUAUAUCUAGGUCUGCAGAAGACAGGUUUGUAAUUGUGAGCCGAUGAUAGAAACAUGUUAGAACCUCUCAUAGCCUAACCACUGCUCAGUAAUCCUAGCUUCUUGAUCACUCGUGUAAAACAAAAUAAAAGUUUAAAAAAAGGGACCUCACUUCUAACUCAUGUAGCUCAACAGGUAGGAAUCAUGUUCGUGCUUUUCUUUUCUUUUUUUGGGGUAUUCUGGUUGACAAUUAACCCUUUCAUGCUACAGCUCGCACGGUCCAACCUUUUUAACUCCACAAUUAAGAUGAAUUAUGUUUCUACUUUGUGAUUCAGUUUCAUGUGUAGGAUUUUAAUUGGGUCAUUUAGCAUAUUUUGGCUGAUGAAAAAUUUUGAAUGUUAAUAAAAUUAUUUACUCUCUCUC